GGAGCCACCACCAAAGGGCCCCCAAAGCAGCCCGGGUCCCCAGGCCGUCAUCGAAAAUGAAGAUGAAGGAGGAGAAGAAGGAGCAGGAGACGGAGGUGAAGGUGAAGGUCAGGUCGACCGUGGUGGACAUCGACAGUGUGAGAAAGGAGGAGGUGAAGGAGGAGAACCUGGGUCUGCUGGAGGCAGCUGAACAGGAGGACGGUCUAAAGCGUAAGAACCUGAAUGUGUUGGAGUGGCUGCUGAUGGUCUUGGUCCUGGCUCUGGUUCUCCUCUUCCUCCCUCUGUCCAUCUGGUUUUGUGUCAAAGUGGUGAGGGAGCAUGAGCGGGCGGUGGUCUUCAGACUGGGUCAUCUACUGAGGGGAAAACCCAGAGGACCAGGCCUCCUGUUCUACCUCCCCAUACUCGAUGUGUGUCACAUAGUCGACAUCCGGCUGAAAAUGCUGAAGGUUCCUCCUCAUACGGUGGUGACAAAGGACUUGGCGAGGCCGGAGCUGAGCGCUGUGUGUUACUACCAGAUAGAGAACGUGGCUCUGUGCAGCGCAGCCCUGUCCGGUCUGACCCCGGUCCUGCAGACCCUGGUCCAGGCGGCCGUCAGAGACGUCGCCGCCCAGCACACCUUUAACCACAUCCUGCUGCACCGGAGGAGGAUGGGUCAGCAGAUACACACCGCUGUGGACGCCGUGGCCUGUCGCUGGGGCAUCAGGGUGGAGAGGGCCGACAUAGACGAACUCAGUUUUCCUGCAGAGUUCCAUCACAGACUCUCUGCUGAGGCUGAGGCCAAAAAAGCAGCAGCAGUCCUUCAGGUAAAAGCAGCAGAAGGAGAGCGAGACGCCUGGGAGGGUUUCAGAGCCUCCCUCCGACUCCUCCAUCCUGCCCUGGUCCUGCCUCUGACCCCUGACCUGCUGAAUUUGACCCCUGACCUUUCAUCCCUCCCACCGCCUCCUCCGCCUGAUGAGGAAGGAGAAGACAGAGCGUCGGAGAAGACGGGGAAAGAUUCUCCGAUGAUGUGA